AAAAGUCGCCAGAUUUGUCGCUAGUCGCUUUUUAGAAAAAAAGUCGCUAAGGGGUCUGAAAACUGGCUAAAUAUAGCGACAAAGUCGCUAAGUUGGCAACACUACAGGGAGCUGGUCGGUCGGGGAGAUCGUUGGUCGUGGAAGGGGCGGGCCGUGGGCCGUCGUCGGUCGGGGAAAGGGCGGGCCGUCGUCGGUCGGGGAAAGAGGCGGUCCGUCGUCGGUCGGGAACAUUUCUGUCGGUCGGGAGCUUUUUCGCCGUAUAUAAAGCCCGGUCAGCUCGCGCUCUGUAACUCUCCUCUCGUCUUCGCUCGCAGCAGCUCCCCGCUCUUGGCCGAUCCGUCUGCCGUUGCUUUUUUCAGUUUGCUGAAAUGAAGUCUGUGAGGAUUUUGUGCAUCUGUCUCCUGACUGUAUCUGCAGUUAUAGGAAAUGAAAAGUGUCCAGGAGUCACAGUGGUUGUCUCAGAAGAAAGUGAUGUCAUCUUACCCUGCUCCCUCAGCACCAAUCAGAACCUUGAACAGAAGCUGUUUGAUUGGAGGAAAAAAGCACCAAAUAAACAGGAGGUCUUCAUGUAUGAUGGAGGCCUUCAUUACAAUAAUGGACGUCGAGGUCAAGACGAGCACUUCAGAGGACGGGUCUCACAUUUCCCACAAGAGCUGCAGUUUGGUAACGCCUCCAUCAUCAUCAGAAACACCACGGUGGCUGACAGUGGAGUCUACACCUGUGAUUUUCCACAUCUGCAGCCAGAACAAAGGUUCUGCAUGAAACUUGUUGUUGAACUCACCUUGAAAGAUCGAUCAGGAGAAAUCCCAGGUGCAGCUCCGAAGCCGUUUGUUGGGAUCCUGAACAUCAGCGAGGACGAGGCGCUGCUGAAGUGUGAGGUCAGAGGAGCUUCUCCAAAGCCUAAAGUAGAGUGGAGGGACAGCGAUGGGAACAUCCUUCCUGCUGAGGAGCCACAGGUGUCACGCACAGGAGAGCGCUAUGACAUCACCCUCCUCACCACGGUGACCAGGACAAACAGCAGCCUCUUCCUCUGUGUAGCCACGCAGGAGGAGAUGGGCCAUGUGACCCGUGAUCAGAUCGACGUGCGUUACUGUGAGAAAACGUCUGAGGUGAAGUCCCACUGUGGAGUCGGUGUGCUCAUAGGUUUGUGGUUUUCUGGAGUUCUGACUGUCGCUGCAACUCUGGCUCUAUCUGUAGCUGCACAGUGCAUCAGAAAACACAAGAAAGCUUCUCAGAGAAACCAGAGAGACGAUCCUUCUAAGGAAGCUUGUAACGGUGACGCUUCACUCACAAACUGUUUAACGUCACAGCUGUAGUGUGUUUGUGUGGCGGGGGGGUCACCAUUACUUUUUUAAUAUUUUGUUUUUUCAUCCCUUUUAUUAUUAUUUUUUUUUAAAUCCGUCUCGUUGUGUCUCCAUGUUUCACACUGCAGUCUGUGAUGAGUCAAGGAGAUCAUAUUGAUUAUGUCAACUGUAAGUGUUUCACUCCAAAACCUGCUGCAGGUGCUGGUGAUCCUGCAGAAUCUGGUUCUACUUUUUAGAUGUCAGAUGGUAAAAAGCUGCUUUGACUUCUUCAAAUAUCACUCAGCUUCACGUUGUUGUCACAACAAACCAAAGUUUCCUGCAAACCUUUGACUGUAUUUAAACUUGAUGAGAUUGACUUUUUCUUUUGUCUUCCUGUCGAGUCGACUUGUUGGAGGAACGUCUGUCUGUAUUGGAGGUGUUCACAUCUGUUUUUAACAUUUCUCAGGUUGAAAUCUGUUUUUACUCAGAGUCAUCAGCAGCUGUGCCUUUCACAGUGAUGAAGUUUGUGCUGUUAAAACUGGUAUUGAUGUAUUUAAGAAUCAAGCUGCUUUCAAAAUGAUGGAUAUUUGUGUAUUUUAUGAUUUUAUUAAGCAUUUUGACACUGAUUUUAUAAAAUUUGCAUCACACUUUUUAAAGUAUUCUAAAUAAACACUUUUAACUUUAAA